AUGAUCGCCGCUAUAGGUGAAGGUGAAGCCCUAGUGUCGCACGCGGAAGCUAAGGCGUUUGCAACCCAGCGGGACUGUCGCUUUGUCAAGUUCUCGCCCGCAACUAGGCGCGGCAUUUGCGAAGCGGUCAGCUCGCUAGUUGAGCUGGCGCACGGUGCUCGUGAUAAGUAUGCUAUGAAUCAGGAGGGUUAUACCCAGAGGUACAAGAGGGCGGAGGCAUUACAAGCAUUAUCUCCCACCUAG